AUGGCAGCUAGAGGCCCCCUGUCUAACGAUGAUUACACUAUUGGAUGGGUCUGCGGGCGAGAAACAGAGAUGGAAGCUGCGAAGCUCUUGUUAGACGAAGUCCACGAGAAAUCUCACUUGGGACUGACUGACUUCAAUGCCUAUGUUGUUGGAAAGAUGGGCGAGCACAAUAUUGUCAUUACACGUUUGACGCCUUGCCAGCCUGGCCGCAGAAACAGCCUGAGAUUACUCUCCAAAUUUCGGUCUAUUCGGGUGGUUCUGAUGGUUGGGAUUGGAGGAGGGAUACCAAAGAGAGGUGCCCCGGAUAUCCGUCUGGGUGAUGUUGUGGUCGGCAAGCCGACAAGAACGCAUGGAGGAGUGGUACAAUUCGAUUAUGGUAGAGCGAUAUUUAAUGGCGCCAUUCAAAAAACAGGCGAACUUAAUCCUCCUGAAGAUUUCUUUCAUUCUCUUGACAUACUGCAAAAGAAUCCUGUUAUGGCCAACAGAAAGUUCCUUCGCUAUCUCAAUGAGAUUGAGAACAAAUUCUAUUGCCGUCCGCCUCAGGAUGAUUACUUAUUUCUUGCCAACUACAAUCACGUCGGAUCGAAGGAUUGCCAGCACUGUGAUAAGACCAAAAUUGUACCCAGGACUUCUCGAGGUCAUGAUAAGCCUGUGGUGCAUUACGGGCCGAUUGCAUCUGGAGACGUAAGGGUACGAAACAGUCAACUACGGGAUCAAAUAGGCGAUCAACUAGGGGCAUAUUGUUGGGAUACGGAAGCUGUUGGACAAAUCGAUGAUCGGAAAUUUCUUUUUAUUCGGGGUAUCAGCAACUAUGCCGACUCCCAUCAAAAUCACGAAUGGGUGGGCUAUGCUGUAGCAUCAGCUGCGGUAUAUGCCAAAGUGAUCCUUUCAGUGACUCCCAUUAUCAAUCCGAUUAUCAACAUCAAUGGAAAUAGUGCAUUAAACCCUUAUCACAUGCACUUUCCUGGCCUCGGUCAGCAAAACGAAGUUCCCUAUUUUGGGCCACAGUACGACGAUCUGCAAAAAGGCAAAAACACCAGAUAUGGCAGUCCAAUGCCUUAUGACGCCUUGGGCACAACCUAUAGGCCGAAUGAGCUCCUAUCUUCUUUUAAUGAUGGGCAAUCCAAUCAUAGCAGUCGCAGCAACUCCAGACUUGACAUUCCAUAUGAGAAGAACCUGAUCGAACAUGACCACGCUGCGGUGAAUCUGGCAGGCCAACGACGCAGUCUCUCACACACUCCUCCCCAGCAACAAGAUAGCAGUAAUGUCAGUGUCAAAGUUGAUCGACGAUAUAAAUCGCUGUUAUCCAGAGUGUCAAGACAUGGCAUCGAUCAUUUGUCUACGCUUAGGCAGAUCUGUGAAUCUGGACAACAGAUUAUUGACGGUGGAGCAUCCAACGAGGCCGAGAUCAUGUAUCAGCAGUUGCUCACCAGGCACGAAGAUAUGAGACCCAAUAAAUACCCUUGGAUCCGCGAGCUUCAGAUCGUUGGGUAUAGUCUCCAUGAGGUUUUCAAUUUGCUGUUGGAAAAGUCCCGGGAUGCUCCUUGGGUAUUCUUUGAGCCUACCACAUUUCCUCGUUUGAGACUUCACUACGAACACAGUUCUCGCUGUUGCUCCCAUCAAGCCCACGUAGCUCUCUUGGGGCCGAUUUUUUUGAUGCAUAAUAACAUGCAAAUUAAUAUGGGGACAAACUCUCCAUCAAGGCCUAUUGAUGACGAAGGUAUAGUUGAGAAUAUUGCAGAGCUCUGUGGUCUGGCGGGAAUAAGCCCCAAAACACGGGAUUUUGCCAACUGGGUUGGAUCAGUCAAAUUCAGCGAGCAGAAUCAGGUUGCAGCCGCGUCAUAUUAUUUUCCCGAUUUUGAAUUUUCAAAUCAAGAUAGUAUGCAUAUGCAUCUCAUUGUUGAAGCACUCAGAGACGUCUGCAAUGCUGCCUGUCUGUUACAAAAAAGUGACUUGUGUUGCGCAUCCUUUACAUUUCUCAGCUUCGCAAGACACGAUUUGGAUAGCUCAGCUUCUGCUGCAGUACAAGUCAGUUCUGUUGAUUUUGAACUGAUGAAUUCUCUUUCUGAGGCACUGGAAACGCUAGGGGAAGGACUGCAGGGGUCAGUUCUUGCCAUGAUUCUUGAAACAUCAAACGCCAUUCUGCAACUCAUAAUUCCGGAGCUCAUGGAGACCCUGGAAGAUCUAAAGAACCUCUCUUUUUCAGAAUAUUCUCAGGAGUGCCUUCACCGUUGUGCACUAGCGAUCCAAUUCCUUUGUGUCGGUAUAUUGUCAUAUACCCAGGCUCAUAUAGGCCCGCUUCAGCCAUUUUUCUUGGACACGCCAAUACGGAAGGUUAUCUUAAAUGGUAUCAAGGACGAGCCAGGGUCCUUGGGCUUAAUAGCAGAGAUGACACCUUUGACUUGCUUUGGGAAUUUUACAAGAGGGCCUGUGUUGGCUUUUCGCUCUCUGUGUGACUUUGAGUCCACAAAUGAUCAAACUAGAGCGGGAUCGAAGUUUGAAAGCCUCAUCCUUAGGCAUGACAUCCUUGGCCGCAUUGUCGACAUAAUCGACACUUGGGGACCGGCAAACUUUGUCUAUGAAAGAAGCCCAACAGACCCAAUAUGCCCGAAAGUGGCUAUCAAGAUCGGAGAUGGCUUCAUCUUUGCAAGUGGACAUGAACGGACAUACCACUGGGCGACAAAACUUGACUCGACAACCCUACAACCUCUCGACUUUGAGUCUACUAUUCGAAUCGGAGCCCUGGCCGUAAUCAACACAGAGUGCAACCGUAUCGAAGCAGACUGUCGAGCGACAGUCAGAAGCGGUUUGGAAUAUGUGGGAACUAGCCGCUCCUCGUGGCAAAAAUCCCAACGGCAGUUCUCUCUGCAAGGAGGCCAGUACUUGGUCGGGCAGGCUACCGAGACCUGGAACAGACAAAGAGGGAUAUCGGUCAAAGAGGUUGCUCUCGCAAGCACAGAUGAUGAUCUCCUUCAGUAUAUGAAUGAAUACUGGGGUCUUCAGGUCAGCUAUUGCACUGGUGUGGCUAGAAAAGUUCCGCUGCGUAUCCUGGUAGCCGAUCUGUUGAAGCACUUUGGGGACGAGCCUCUCAACCUGGAUGGGGAACUACGAGAUGAAUCAUUUGACCAUAAUAAAUUCAGAAGCCGCUUGGGUUGCUUGAACAAGAAUCUAAAGAGGCGAGUCUACGAAUCAAUACGAAAGAUUCUGACAUGCCUUCUGCCCACGGGUCUGGAUCCUUUAACGGGCAAGACCUUUUGCGUUGCUUGGCCGUACAUGGGAGACACAUCUCGCUGUCUAAAGGUUCCUCUUGAAGGCCAAAGUUCCUGGGCUAGAAUCCUUGCUGACUCGCAUGAUUGCGCCACAUUUGCGUACAUCACUAUGACAUGUCUUGAGAUGGACCAUGUGAGAUGCAAGAGCGCUUCAAAACAAAAUCUAGACAAUACCAUAUACUUGCUCGAAACAUCCGUGGUCAAUCCCAUCCAAAGUGGACCUGUCCGACGGACCCUUGAAAAUGACGAUAUCUGUUUCUUUUCCAAGAUGGACAGUUUGAUAUGGGUGAAAGUGCAAAGAGAGCAGAAAUCGGGCCCAGCAAGUCUUGUGGAGCUAGCAACUGUGACAUCAAUGGCUCGCGAUAUUCGGUUGAGAUUGUACGUGAGGGAAAAAAGAAAGCAGCGGGACCGUUUGAAGGAGUGCUCUACGGACUGCGACCAAGGAGAAAUGGUUUCUGUAUUUUCACCACGAAGGGGUCAAUAG